AUGAGGAAACAGGAACAAGGUGAGACGAUAGAAACUUUUAUUACUGAUCUAAAAACAUUAGCUGCAAAGUGUAACUAUGGAGAAAUAGUUGAUUCACUAGUGAGAGACAGAAUAGUUUGCGGGAUACUUGACUCACACCUGAGAGAACGUUUAUUAAGAACACCAAAACUUACCUUGGAUAAGUAUGUCGACAUAACGCGUGCAGCAGAAAUCACAAAACAAGGAAUUAGUGUAUUGGACGGCAACAACAAUUCGUUAAGCAGCCAUGCAGAAAAUGUCAACAAAAUCGGCAAAGGUAAACCUAGUGCAAAGACAAGUGGAAGUAAACAUUCACACACAGAUAACAACAAACCUUGUAGAUAUUGUGCCAAAGUACAUGAGCCCAAGAAAGAAAAAUGUCCAGCAUAUGGAAAGACGUGUCGACUGUGCCAUAAAAUGAAUCACUUCGAAACAGUAUGCAGAAGUGCUAACAAGAAAUCACAACCAAAGUUCAAGAAGAAAACUGUACAUCACAUUGGGACAGGUUGUUCAGACACCGACAGUGAUGAUGACUAUUCAGUUUGGACCAUUCAAGAAGAAAACACACAUUCUGCACACUCAGUUUCCAACAGUGUACAUGCGUCUGUGAUAAUUCAUGGAAGGAAAGUGACAUUUCAACUGGACAGUGGGGCCACAUGUAACAUUUUACCACAAAGUGUGAUUCCAAACAUGCCGCCACUUCAGUCUACAAAUUACACCUUGAAGAUGUACAACAAAUCUACCAUAAGGCCGCUAGGAAAAGUACACUUGCAAGUUACCAAUCCAAGGAAUGGUACCUCAUAUGACACUGAAUUUGUUGUGAUCAAGGAGGACUGCAUGCCACUCUUAGGAAAUAAAACUCUACAGCACAUGGAGCUCUUGAACUGGAGAAAGGAGAACAUUCUAAGUGUGAGACAGCUGUUACCAUCACCUCUCAGCAAGAAGCAGCUCUUCGCAGAGUAUCCAGAUGUCUUUGAAGGAGUAGGUCGUCUCGCAGGAAAAUAUCACUUAGUUCUAGAUGAAAACAUACAGCCUGUAGUUCAUCCACCAAGGAAAGUGCCUAUCGCACUGAAGCCAUUGUUAAAAGCAGAACUUGAUAGACUUCAGGAAAUGAACAUUAUUACACCAGUAAGUGAACCAACACCAUGGGUCUCCAGCUGUUUGAAGGUCGUGAAACCAAACAAUGUCAGAAUCUGCAUAGAUCCGAAGGACUUGAACAAAGCACUUAAGAGGAGCCAUUAUCCACUUCCUAUGAUAGAGGAAAUACUUCCAAAACUUUCUCGUGCAAAAGUAUUUAGUGUUCUGGAUGCACGUAAUGGAUUUUGGCAUGUUGAAUUAGAUAAGGAAAGCUCAAUACUUACUACGUUCAACACCCCAUUUGGACGAUUCAGAUGGUUAAGGAUGCCCUUCGGUAUCUUGACUGCACCGGAAGAGUAUCAACGUCGUCAAGAUCAGGCGGUAGAAGGACUACCAGGUGUCUUGAGUAUUGCUGACGACAUAUUGGUUUAUGGUGAAGGCGACACAGAAGAGGAUGCCAUUGUAGACCAUGACCAGAAACUGAAAGCACUCAUGAAGAGAUGUCGUGAACGAGGACUUGUGCUCAACAAGGACAAGCUAAGACUUCGUGAAACGGAAGUGAGAUUUGUAGGACAUCUCAUAACAAAGGACGGUUUGAAGCCCGACCCUGAGAAAGUCAAAGCUGUGAACGAAAUGCCGAAUCCAACAGAUGUCGCAGGAGUGAGACGCUUCCUGGGAUUCGUUAACUACCUAAGCAAGUUUCUACCGAGUUUGAGUGACAUUUGUGAGCCGCUACGAAAGCUUACAGUGAAAGACACAUUGUGGAGCUGGCACGAGAUUCAUGACUUAGCAGUAGAGAAAGUCAAAAGAUUGGUGACUUCAGAACCAAUUCUUAGCAAACCCUUAGAAAUCAUAAUGAAGAAGCCACUUCAUACAGCACCGAAACGCUUACAGAGGAUGCUGCUUCGACUGCAGAAAUACUCAACAAAGCUAGAGUAUCAUCCCGGCAAGGAAAUGCACUUAACCGAUACGCUUAGUAGAGCAUACCUUCAAAACAGUGAUCGUACAGGUGCACUCCUAGAUGAAAUAGUUCAUUUCACACAUCUACAACCAACGGUAGGAGAUAGUCUUCAAGAAAUUAGAGACGAAACUCGACGAAACAACACAUUACAGGAACUCAUUCAUGUAAUACUUACCGGAUGGCCCGAGAUAGUAUCUGAUGUCAAGGACAUAGUGCGGCCAUAUUUCAAUUUUCGAGAUGAGCUAGUCGUACAGGAUGGAGUUAUCUUCCGCGGAGACAGAAUUGUGAUACCCAUCAGCAUGAGGCAGGACAUGUUAUGCAAGAUUCACAAGUCUCACAUAGGAGUGGAAGGAAGUCUACGUCGUGCGCGUGAGAACUUAUUCUGGCCAGGCAUGAAUGCCGAGACCAAAGACUUCAUCAGCCGAUGUGACAUAUGCAGAUCGUUAGAUGACAAACAGUACAAAGAGACACUUAAGUCACAUGAAGUUCCAGAUAAACCUUGGGGAAAGAUUGCUUGUGACAUUUUUACGUUUGAUGGCCAAGAUUAUCUGGUGACUGUUGAUUAUUUUUCGAAUUUCUGGGAAGUUGACCACCUCUCCUGUUCAACAUCGAAAACAGUAAUCAAGAAACUCAGAGCUCAUUUUGCGAGAUACGGGAUACCUUGCUCUCUUGUCAGUGACAAUGGACCGCAGUUUAGCUCAGAUGAGUUUGCUGAAUUUGCUCACCUUUGGGAAUUUAAACACAUUGCAAGUUCUCCAAAAUACCCUUAG